CGGUGCGCAGGCGCAGUGCGAGGCGCAGAGCUGCGGCCGGGCCGGGGCCGGGGCGCAGCCCGCAGGGAGGCGGCGGCAGGACACCACUCAAGAAGAAUACUCUCUUCGAAAGUGGAAAGAGCCCAGCCCACAAUGAUGAACGCCGACAUGGAUGCGGUUGAGGCUGAGAAUCAGGUGGAAUUAGAAGAGAAAACACGGCUUAUUAAUCAAGUUUUGGAACUGCAGCACACACUCGAAGAUCUCUCAGCACGAGUAGAUGCUGUUAAGGAAGAAAACUUGAAACUGAAAUCAGAAAACCAAGUUCUUGGACAGUAUAUAGAAAAUCUGAUGUCAGCAUCUAGUGUUUUCCAAACCACUGACACAAAAAGCAAGAGGAAGUAAGGGGUGACUGACAGACGAUGCCAUUGUUUUGCUGCUGUCUUUUGUUUGUUUGUUUGUUUUAAUUGGCAUAGGCUACAUGAGCUAAAAUACUUUCAGUUUGUGGCUUUGCUGGGUACCUGGAUUCUAAACUUUGGUGAUAAACAGAAUUCAGAGCGUCAUCAUGAACAGGAGAAGUAAGUUUAUGUGUUGUUGAGAUGAAGCAACGUGCAAAUGUAGUGUAGAGACUUACUAAACUUUAAUAUUUGUUUUUAAAAACGAGCAUAUCUUGUUCAAAAUGGGGUUGGGUUUGUCAGGUGAAACAGAAUUUGGCACUCUCUAAGCUCUUAGGAGUAGUGUUCUUGAUGAAUAACACUGAAAAAUGAUGGUGUUGAAGCCUCAUUUGAUAACAGUACUCUAAUAGCAUCACCUUUUUCACCUCACAUUUAAUGAAGGACUGGCUAGUACUGUCCAUAGCUCUGCAAAGCAGUUUUAAACUCUUGUAAAGCAGUUAGUUUCUAUCCAGUAAAUAACAGUGUGACAUUAUUUGCAGGGCUCAUGUACAGAAAAGCACUUAAGAUUUUUUGGGGGAAGGGGGAGGGUGAGGGAAAAGGCACAAGGAAAAGCAGCUUACAUCAGGGAAAUGCCAAACUGAUGCAGAAUCAGGGUGUUUGUACUUCACAGGAUGUACACUUCAAACCAUUUUCACUUUCCUCAAGGAAUGAUCAGGCACAGCAUCAUGAUGCAUGAGCUUCCUCAAGUUUUUGAGUUGUGUGAUGAAGAGUUAUGUAAAAACCUGAGUAAUAAGCUUUACAGAAACAGGUCAGUAAAUGUUCCUCUUGCUCAGUGUGAACAGUCUGCAGUGAGGAACUGAGAACAAGCCUUUCCUUGCCACCUUUUAUUUCCCUCCUGAAGUGCCAAACUUGUCUUUGCUUCAGGCCUUAGAGCAGCUGUUCUGUCCCAGGGCCUGAGCUUGUGAAGUACCUCGAGGCACUGCACAAAACCAUCUGAGGCAGAAAGCUGCAGUGGGGCAGUGGUGGCUUUUGCCUUUCAAAUCUGUGCUGCUCUGAGCAAUGCCUGGUGUGCAGGUGCACUGCUUUCACAGGCUUGGCUGCUCGUUAGCAGGUGUUGCAAAGGAGCUCAGCCCAGAUUAUGGGUCUGAGCUCUUCCCACAGAGGCAGCAGGUCUAGCAUAAGCAGUAUUAAGGGAGAGCAGAAGCUGGAAAGCAAAGAGUGAUGUAGGUUUUAGCAGUACCUGGCUGCAUGUUUUGUCUGGCCGUAGAGCGGCAGUGCAGGCUUAUUUAUGGAUGUUACCUAGAAGAGAGGUCUCUGUCUCUUCAGUAAUGAAGCUGUUGAACACAUGGUAACCACUAGGUUCAAGGAUCUCUCUCAGCCUUGCUGUGAGGACUUCUAUAAAGUGAAGCUGCAGGAGCUGAAAGAAUAGAUGAAAUAGUGCAAUAAAUUCCUCACCACCACCCCCACAUUUCUCGGCAGCUAAGCACUGCUGUGUCUCCAGUGUAAGCUGACGCUGUGAGAUUCCUCCCUCCCAAAGGAGGAGGUUCCCAUUUCUCCCCAUUGAAGAGACUGCACAAUGCUCCCUGGAGCAGCAGCAAGGUCAGAUGACUGCAGAUCACUAACAGUUUGACUAAGGGCUGUUUACAAGUCUGAGCUAGGAAACCUGAUGACAAAAAGGCUGACCUACCAAGGCACAAAUAGCUGAUACCAUUUGUGUCACAGGGUCCUGUAAACAUCCAAAAUGAUUUCACCCUCAGUGGACAAUGCUGUCCCAUGACUGCCUGCCUGAAACUCUACAAACUCACCCAAGAAUUGCUGAUAAGUAGAGUAGAUCAUACAGCCCAGGGUUUGAGCAUUUGAAGAACAAAUCACACCAAGCACUUGACUUGUAAAGAUUGCAUUGCAGCCAUCCUAGCUUUAAAGCCAUCUCAUUGCACACCUCCAUCUGCACGGUAGGAGAUCAAGUGGUAACACAGCAUGCGCUUGUUAGACUUCAGCAGUUCCCCGAGAUCAGGCAACCUUAAUCCCAUGGUUUUGUAUUGUAACACUGGGUAGUGAUACUUUAUCCAUCAGUGUGUAUAUAGUAGUCAUCUCAUCUCAUCCAUUUUUGCAUCCCACUACUGUGGCCUUCAUUUAACUUAUGAACAUUUUAAAGAUGUUGUAUUUAUGACUUUACACUAAAUAAAAUCUUUGGAUUUGUCUCA